CGGAUGGUAGCGCAGCUCUGCCUGGCCCCUUCCGUAACCUCUGUUUCGCCCCUUCCGAAACCAGUGGCGAAAAGCCGAGACGACUUCGUGAGUUCUUGCUAACGAUUCUCGGCCUAGGCGCUGAGUCGAGUCACGCUGGAUCUCGGACAGGGAUUGCAAGGACUUUGGAGUGAUCAGUGUAAAAUCUCACCCUUUCCUACUUGCCAAGAAAACCCUGGACAAGAGUCUUGAAUUUUGACGCCCUGUCUCCUCAUUCAUAAAGGGGGGAUAAAAAUGUCUCCUAAGGCUAUAAAGAAGAAAUCUUUGUGAAAUAUGAUAAUGAUUGGUUUUCAUUCACUCGACAUUUUCUGAGAACUUUGCCCAAGACUGAUGGGGACAGUGACUGCAGUGGCGAAACCUACAAGCAAAGUCCCUUUCAUGAUGAAAUUGACGUUUUAAGAAAUCUGCAACUUUUAAUAGGAUCCGUAAAGAAAACAAAGCAGUUCUGAGGUAACACGUAGUUUGCUGAGGAAUGUGCCAUAUCCUGUCUACUUAACCCAGGCAAAAUGUCAGUUCCAUUAGAAGAUAAAGAAGAUAUCUCAGGAAAUCCUUUGCUUUUGGUUUCUCAUGUCAGACCAAUGGAACUAGGUAUCUCUACAUCAAUAUUGGAGCCUCCUAAUAAUUCACCUUUUAUUCCAACUGUUGCAAAUGAAGGAGGAAAACACUGGACUAUGCCAGAAGUCAGGGCUUUAAUAGGCAUCUGGUCAGAUAAAAGCAUCCAACAACAACUAGAGGGAACAGUGAGAAACAAAAGGAUAUUUGAACUAAUUGCUGCCAAGCUUCAGAAAUCUGGAAUAGAGAGAGACUGGAAGCAGUGCCGAACAAAGUACAAAAACCUGAAACACGAAUACAAGAUUGUAAGAACAGCUCAGGACCUAGGCAUGACUAGGAAUAUGAAAUUCUUUACCGAGUUGGAUGCUAUUCUAGGACACAAGACAGAAAAAUCACAAGAACUUCAAGAUGGAGAACAAGCCACAGAAAGUACUGAUGUAAAAAUGGAAGACCAGAUAGAAUUAUUUGAAGGUCAGACCAAAAGCCAAGGAACUUUGAGCAUCAAGAGAAAAGCACACAAAGAUGAACCAGUAUCUACAUCUCUUAAGAAAACUGCUCCUGGGAUUAGUACAAACCAGUUUCUUCAAAGCAUAAUAACAGAACCAAAAUAUUCUACAGAAUGUUUCUUCAGACAGGAAACUCAACUUUAUCAGAUUUCAGCCGCUUUUCCUAGCGUGGUCGCUGCUUCCAGUCCGUUCAGAAUAAUGGCGACAGCUGAAAUAUUGAACAUUGGUAAGAAACUCUAUGAGGGUAAAACAAAAGAAGUGUAUGAAUUGUUAGAUAGUCCAGGAAAAGUUCUUCUGCAGUCCAAGGACCAGAUUACAGCAGGAAAUGCAGCCCGAAAGAAUCAUCUGGAAGGAAAAGCUGCAAUCUCCAAUAAAAUUACCAGUUGUAUUUUUCAGUUGUUACAAGAAGCAGGUAUCAAAACUGCUUUCACCAGAAAAUGUGGAGAAACAGCUUUCAUUGCACCCCAGUGUGAAAUGAUUCCAAUUGAAUGGGUUUGUAGAAGAAUAGCAACUGGUUCUUUUCUCAAAAGAAAUCCUGGUGUCAAGGAAGGAUAUAAGUUUUACCCACCAAAAGUGGAGAUGUUUUUCAAGGAUGAUGCCAAUAAUGAUCCACAGUGGUCUGAGGAACAGCUAAUUGCUGCAAAACUUUGCUUUGCUGGAGUUACUAUAGGCCAAACUGAAGUGGACAUCAUGAAUCAUGCUACACAAGCUAUUUUUGAAAUACUGGAGAAAUCCUGGUUGCCCCAGAACUGUACAUUGGUUGAUAUGAAGAUUGAAUUUGGUGUUGACAUAAUCACCAAAGAAAUUGUUCUUGCUGAUGUUAUUGAUAAUGAUUCCUGGAGACUCUGGCCAUCAGGGGAUCGAAGCCAGCAGAAAGACAAACAGUCUUACCGUGACCUCAAAGAAGUAACUCCUGAAGGGCUCCAAAUGGUAAAGAAAAACUUUGAGUGGGUUGCAGAGAGAGUAGAGUUGCUUCUGAAAUCAGAAAGUCAGUGCAGGGUUGUAGUACUGAUGGGUUCAACUUCUGAUCUUGGCCACUGUGAAAAAAUCAAGAAGGCUUGUGGAAAUUAUGGAAUUCCCUGUGAACUUCGGGUAACAUCUGCCCAUAAAGGACCAGAUGAAACAUUGAGGAUUAAAGCUGAGUAUGAAGGGGAUGGCAUUCCUACUGUAUUUGUGGCAGUGGCAGGCAGAAGCAAUGGUUUGGGCCCAGUGAUGUCUGGUAACACUGCAUAUCCAGUUAUCAGCUGUCCUCCCCUCACAUCAGACUGGGGAGCUCAGGAUGUGUGGUCUUCUCUUCGAUUACCCAGUGGUCUUGGCUGCUCCACCAUACUUUCUCCAGAAGGAUCAGCUCAGUUUGCAGCUCAGAUAUUUGGAUUAAACAACCAUCUGAUAUGGGCCAAACUGCGAGCAAGCAUACUGAACACAUGGAUUUUCUUGAAGCAGGCUGACAGGAAAAUCAGAGAACAUAGUUUAUAAGAAAGAAUAUGUCAUUUCAGUUUUUUAGGCGAAAAAAUGCAAAUUUCUAGUUCAGCUGCAGAAGAAAAAGCAAGAUGAAAAGAUGAUUUUAGAUCAGAAAACAAUUUAUUAGUGAAUAAACACUUCUAGAUGGAUGGAUUAAAAGUUCAUCUGUUCAUAUUAAUAUUCCUUCAUUGGUAGUGAAAUUAUUGUAGAAACAUUUUCAAAUUAAUCUCUUACCCCACUAUAUGACCAUUGUUAGGUAACAUUUUUUAAAUGCUAAUAAAAUCCUAUUAUAAAGCUGCAAA